UUUGGGCUAAAUGAUCACUUCAUAGCCUUAAAAAAAGUUACUCAUUCUACUGUUUACUUUACUUACUAGUCAAAAUAACAAUAGUCACGAACGAAAACUAACCUUAAUAAGUUAAGUGUCCUAAUGGUAUUUUAGUUCUCACUCAUAAAUAGUAAAAUAACAAAACGAAUUUUACUUAACAGGAAGAAAAUAAUGGAUGUGUUUGAAUCUUUAAAUCAUUUUAAAAAUUACACUUUAAUUGUUCCUGCUAUAUCUGUAUCUAAUGUGGGCCAGUUGGCUGUCGACUUACUGAUACACUCAUCAGGAGCUGAGAAAGUCAGUAAUCUCUGGCAUGAGGCAUUUAUUCCACUUGUUGGUGCUCAUCCAUACAAAGAUGAUUCUACAGAGCUGUGUACUGAAUUUGAAGUUUAUCAGCUGACCCAGCAUAAAGUCCUAUUUCUUCAGUUUCGUUCUCCUCUGUGGGUGAGCAAGGAAGAAGAGUUUUUAAACCAUUUAGUGAAAUGGUUUGAACAGCUAGAAGCGGAUAAAGUCAUAAUAUUGUCCAGUUUGUAUGACUAUGAGCGCAAUGACAAUCAGAUUGUAGAGCCCCAUGUCCGUUGUUGCGUGUGUCCCCUCACUCAGUCGUUAUACCAAUCAGUUUUCAGGUCAUUAAACUGUAGAUACAUGGAAGUAAAAGAUGAUGCAGAUAAGACAGGUAUUAUGUCUCCAUCCAUGUACUUGCCAGGAGCAGGAUUCACACAGAAUCUUCAUCUCAAGUGCAUUGAAAGGAAAAUUCCCUGUGUAUCAUUUAUGAAAUUCUGUUCUGAUGGAGAUAACACUCCUGAAGCUCUCGAUCUAGCAAGAUUGGUAGAUGGGUGGCUCAAUGUAGUACCGGUUCCAAGUGGGAAGGAGGAGACAAAGACAUUUUCUCAACCUCCUUCAUGGAAAUACAUAUUUGGGGGACCUUCUCCUCGAGAGUUAUAUCCUUGAAUGGAUAAGUAGAAUAUAUUAGUUUAUUACAUUGUGACUAUUUGAUAUCAAUAAAAUAUUAUGUUUACAAA